GCUGCCUGAUACGCUAACUUUAGCGCUCGGGGAGAAAGCUCCUUAAUAACGUCAAUGGCGGUCGCAACGCAACAAAAGAUAUCAAGACUUUUUACCAUCCAGAAUAAAUCCAAUCUGACAUUUACCAUUUUCCACCAAAUCCAAACAAGCAAAUCACAUAUUUAAAUCAUCCGCCAUGUCCAGCAAAGCACCCAGCGAAGGAACCAAAGUAACCCCCGGCCAAAAUGCUCCCAUCACUAGCGAGGGCCCUGGGUUCAUAGAUCAACACUCUCUCGCAGCGGAAUCCCAAUCAUUCCGCCAGGCUAACGAAGUCGCGCCCCAGAACCAGCAGCACACAGAAAACCCUCUUCACAACUCCAUUCCCAAGCCCCACGAAGGCGGCAUUCAUCAGACCGCCUCCGGCUUCCUGAACAAGACCUCGGGUCCGGGUACGGCGCCGUCAUAUGUUCAAAGCCAGUAUAUUAAGGGUCAGGGAGGUCCGCAUGGUAAGAAUGUGACGGAGGACGAGAGUAUCGCGACCGAGGAUAGAGAGAAGAACGCGAGUUUCUCGCAGUUUGGCACGAAGGCUGAUCCGGGUAGGGAGGCGGAGCGGAAGUUUAUGUUUGGACAAGCGGCGAAUCCGGGGGCUACUGCUGGGAGGGGAGAGGGAGGUGAUAGGGAGCAGCCGUUUGGGGUGUUGGGUUCGAGUGAGGAGGCUUGAGGGAGGGAUUU